AUGGUAACGGAGACCUCCUCGUCGUCGUCGUCGUCGUCGUCGCCGACGCGGCAGCGCCAUAUCUGGUACACCCGCGUCCAGCACGAGCUGGAGCAAUGCCGUGUCGAUGGGACAUUGCCUCGUGGCGCUACGCUGCGACGCGUGCAGCUGUCGGAGCCCCGCGGCGUGUGCGAAGGCGAGUUCCACUGCUUCGUCCCGUUCGUCGACGGCUCGGACGCGCUCUUUUUGGUCCCGUUGACGACAUUGGUCGUUCGAAUGCCCUUUUUGGACCCUCGUGUGGAUUUGGGUCAAGUGCAGUACCCAUUUGCAGCCCCGGAAAUCGACGUUCGUCAUGGCGCUCUUUACCUGCCCCCGGACCUUCGGGAACAAAAAGGACCUAAAGUCGCUGGAGAAGACCCCACUUAUCGACUGAAGUUACCGUUAUUAGAGCACUGGAGGCCCUCGACUACCGUGACGAUGCUGGUGGAGCAGUUGUUCCAGUUGGUGCAGCAGCACGACCCGACGCCGUCUACGCCAGUGGUGGACAAGAAAGUAGCGCCACCACAUGGCUACACCACGAAACACGCAAAGAAAAAGCAGCUGCUUCGCAUGCGCAAACAAGACGUUCGUGGAAUUGUGUACCCAUGUCAAGAAGUGGACUUUACAACGUCGGUGCUAAAGCAGACGCCACUGUUGGUGCAGUCUGGAAACAUUGCACUGCUCGUGCCCUCGAGCGAAGCCAAAGGUAGCGAGUUUGUGUACGUCCAAGAGCUCAUUUCGCUGCAGGACGUGGUGCGCAUUACGCCGCAGAGAGGCAAGUCCGUGACACUAUUUUUCAAGCAGAGGACGUUGCCCUGCCGAACGUUCUUGAGUCAGCGCACGGAUGAGAUCGUGAAUGAUCUGCGCAUUAUGAUUGACGAGACAGGUUCACAUAAACGCAGACAUAAUCAGAGUGGCACGGCGGGGAGAGCUGACACGACGACGCAAUUGCUGUCGUUUUUGAGUGCCGAGCAGUCGGAAAAAGCCAAGGAGAUAUCGGCCAAGUUCAUGGGCAAACUUGGAAAAGUGGCCACGUCGGUCUCGCGUUUCCUGCGUGGCGAUGAAGACGAAGCAAUGGAGCAGCAACAGACGGAUCCUCUAGCCAAGGCAUUUGCGGAACUGGACGUGCGGAAAGAGGCAUUCUAUCGCGUACCGUCAAAAGCCAGGAUGACAGAGAUCGCGCGGCGAUACCAGUACAUUGCGGAGGAGUAUGCGUGUCACAACAACAAGGACGGUCAUGUCGAACGGGCCAUCUCCGAGCUGCAAGCUUUCAUCGAGCACCCUAAGACACAACGCAUCCUCAUGGAGACGUGUGCUUACGAGCAGUCCACGGCGGGUAUACGUGUCGGUCCUGCGUAA